AUGGCUGAUAGUGAUUUAUCAGAUGACCAGUCAGACAGUACCAUCGAAGAAACAUUGGUUAUGCUAAAUUUACCUUCAUUAAAUAAUGACGAAAAUAGAUUAAAGAAUUUAAAUACUUAUCGUAAACAAAAAGGAAAUGAAAUUUAUAUAGAAAAGAAAAAUCAUGAUGUUACAACAAAUGAUGAUUUUAUUAUAAAAAAAAAAAAUGACUCAAAUUAUAUAUCAGACAUGAACACGGUCAGAAAUAAUUCAAACAAUUUCAGCAAUUUGAAUAAAUUAGAGAUUGAUUUAACAAAUGAACAUGAAGUAGUGGAAGAGGUAAAAAGUGACUUAAGCAGUGAAAUAAGUUUAAAUGGUGCUCACGAAAAAAUUGAUAAUAAUAAAAAAUCUACGAUUAUUGAAAUAGUAGAAGAUACACAUGAAAAAGUAAAUAAUAAUAAAGAAAAGGAUAACAAAAAUAGUAAAAGUGUAAAUAAUAAUGAUGACCUUGAUAAUAUACCUUUUGAAAUAAAUAGUAUAUCAUUAAAAAAUUUAUUUGAUGAAUGCCCUGAAUGUAUUCUAAAUAAUAAAUACAAAUUUAAAGGAGUUCAUACAUCCAGUAUUGGUACAAAUUUAUAUUUUAAAGAGCCAGAAAAUAUAAAAAAUAAAAAACUUUUAAAAAAUUAUGAUCUAUCAUAUGAAGAUUAUGAAAAAAAUGUAAAAGGAGACAAUAAUAUAACAAGAGAUGAUUUUACUAUUUAUGAAGGGUUUUCCACAAAAAUUAUUUCAUUUGAAAUAGACUAUUAA